CAGCAAAAAUUGGAGGAGAUGCUGGCACAUCAAUGAAUUCAAACGACUACGGUUAUGGAGGACAAAAAAGACCUCUUGAGGAUGGAGAUGGCUCUUGGACAAGUCCGAGCAGUACAACACACUGGGAGGGAAUGCCCUCUCCUUUUAAAGAUCAACCAGAUGCUAAGAAAGUUGCUCCUCAGAAUGACUCUUUUGGAAAUCAGCUACCACCGAUGCAUCAACAACAAAGGUCUGUGAUGACAGAGGAGUACAAAGUUCCAGAUGGGAUGGUUGGAUUCAUAAUUGGCAGAGGUGGAGAGCAGAUCUCACGUAUACAGCAGGAGUCUGGCUGUAAAAUACAGAUUGCACCUGAUAGUGGAGGCCUGCCUGAAAGAUCAUGUAUGCUAACUGGAACACCAGAGUCUGUUCAAUCAGCAAAAAGAUUACUUGAUCAGAUAGUUGAAAAGGGAAGACCUGCACCUGGCUUUCAUCACGGUGAUGGACCUGGAAAUGCAGUCCAAGAAAUUAUGAUUCCAGCAAGUAAAGCAGGAUUAGUUAUUGGAAAAGGUGGAGAGACAAUUAAACAAUUACAGGAGCGGGCAGGUGUCAAAAUGGUCAUGAUUCAAGAUGGUCCACAGAACACUGGUGCAGACAAGCCCCUUAGGAUAACUGGAGACCCUUAUAAAGUUCAACAAGCCAAGGAAAUGGUGCUGGAGUUAAUUCGUGAUCAAGGUGGCUUUAGAGAGGUGCGCAACGAAUAUGGGUCAAGAAUAGGAGGAAAUGAAGGGAUAGACGUUCCAAUACCACGAUUUGCUGUAGGUAUUGUAAUUGGAAGAAAUGGAGAGAUGAUAAAAAAGAUACAGAACGAUGCUGGUGUUAGGAUCCAAUUUAAGCCAGAUGAUGGAACAACUCCAGAUAGAAUAGCCCAAAUCACAGGGCCUCCUGACAGAUGUCAGCAUGCUGCAGAAAUUAUUACAGAUCUCCUUCGAAGUGUUCAGGCUGGUAACCCUGGUGGACCAGGACCUGGUGGUCGAGGAAGGGGUAGAGGCCAAGGCAACUGGAACAUGGGGCCUCCUGGUGGAUUACAGGAAUUCAAUUUUAUUGUUCCCACUGGCAAAACUGGAUUAAUCAUUGGCAAAGGUGGUGAAACUAUUAAAAGCAUAAGCCAGCAGUCUGGUGCUAGAAUAGAACUUCAAAGAAAUCCUCCACCUAAUGCGGAUCCGAACAUGAAGAUGUUUACUAUCCGUGGAACACCCCAGCAAAUAGAUUAUGCACGACAACUUAUAGAAGAAAAGAUUGGAGGUCCAGUAAAUCCAUUGGGUCCACCUGUUCCCCAUGGACCCCAUGGUGUUGUUCCUGGCCCACAUGGACCUCCUGGGCCACCAGGUCCUGGGGCUCCCAUGGGACCAUAUAACCCAGCUCCUUAUAAUCCAGGGCCUCCUGGCCCUGCACCUCAUGGUCCCCCAGCUCCAUAUGCUCCACAAGGAUGGGGAAAUGCUUAUCCGCACUGGCAGCCACCAAAUCCACCAGAUCCAGGUAAGCCAGGAACAGAUCCCAAUUCAGCAGCAUGGGCAGCUUACUAUGCUCACUACUAUCAGCAGCAAGCACAGCCACCACCUGCAGCCCCUCCUGGUGGACCGGCUACAACCCAAACUAAUGGACAAGGAGAUCAGCCAAAUCCAGCACCAGCAGGGCAGGUUGACUAUACCAAGGCCUGGGAGGAGUACUACAAAAAAAUGGGUCAAGCAGUUCCUGCCCCUGCUGGGGCUCCGCCAGGUGGUCAGCCAGAUUACAGCGCCGCAUGGGCUGAGUACUACAGGCAACAGGCAGCAUAUUAUGCCCAGACGAGUCCACAGGGAAUGCCACAACAUCCUCCAGCACCACAGUGCCUUCCCAGACCUUCCACCUUAGGUUCUGCUGCAAAAAAGCAACAGACAUUUAAUCAUCACUGAAGAAAGGGAAUUGAGAUACUCUGAUCUCUUCGCUAUUGCUUGUCUCCAGUGAACUCUUAUCUGCUAAGAGAAGCCUGUGGUUUGCAAACUGCAAUCAAGAACAAAAGAAUGAACCGUCUUCAGAAGACAUCUCAGAGUACUUCAUUUGUUAAUGGAGGAAAUUGGCUGGGAACUGUCAGAGUAUGAUAUUCCAGAUUUCUGUAUACUGCAAGCAGCCCUGGGACUGGUAUGUGGGGUAGCCAGUUACGGGAAUUACAGAAAUCUUUUAUUUGGAAUUCAUAGGGAAAAAAGAAAGAAUGGAAGGAAAUUAACUGCUGAACUCUUCCUUUAAGAAAACUUUUGCCUUCAAAUUUUGACAACCACUGAUAUCAGAUAAAACUGCACGUUAGAAAAUUUCUUUUGAAAUAGAGAAUUCGUAAAUUAUAUUACUUGGUUAAUAAAUGCAUAUACAUAAGGGUGGGAGAUGUGAACAAAACUUCAGUUAGAACGGCUAGUGACUUCAUGAAGUUCUCUCUCCUUCAUUUUCUUCCCUCUAUCUCCUUUACUAGUAUCCUCUGCCUACCCCCAAAUAAAAAGAAAAAAGUGCAUUAUUGACAUCAUGCCAAGGUUAUUGGUGCGGAAAGGUUAAGUGAUUUAUUAGGGGUGGGGGUGGAGGAGUAAACUACAGUUUGGGUAUCUGCCUAAACCUAGAACCCUCUCAAUUUGGACCAGUUGGGAAUUUCAGUGUUUCAGCUUUCUGGAGGUUCUGUGGUGUUGGUUUUUUUCUUGGAGAAAAUAAAUGAAUGGAAUGUUUUUGAAAUAUAGUCAGCGUAGUGAUCUUGAGCUGUUUGUCCAAGAAUGUCCGUUCAUAAUUACGCUCUUUCUAAGUUAAAGUUAGUAAAUUCCUGGAAAGAAUAUUUUCAAAGAUUUCAUGGAAGAUUAAAAUCUCAUUUCUCAUUAAUCUUCUUUGUGUGUGAAUUAACAAAGUCAUAAUGAUCACGAUUGUACAGGGGAAAGAUAUUUAAAUACAGAACUUAAAUGCUUUUGGAAAUGGAGUAUAGUAAAGUGAGGAAAUAAUAGAGCUAAACUAUCUGGUAUAUCUUACGUUCAUACUAAGUGUAUGAUUCCUUUAGUACGGUCAAAGAACAAACUAUAGUGAGGUCUGUUUAUAGUUGAUCUAGAAUAAGUCUGGCUUACGAUAAAGAACACAUACGGAGGCAGUUUUGCAAGUAGUAUAAAACAGGAAUUGUGAGCUACGUUUCUGACAAUUUGGGGCUUCAUCUAGUAAUUUCUAGUAUAUUGUUGUUUAUGUCAAUACAUACAAGAGAGCUGACCCGUCUUUUUUCCCUUUCUUUAUAAGAGGAAAGUUUAAUUGAUGUAUCUAUCGUAUUUAUAAAUAAAUAGGGGAAUAAGAAAUAGCAUUCUGUUACUACAGAAUGUUUUCAUCAAAAACUGGUUACUGAAACAUCUGAAGCACUAUUUAAGAACAAAACAGACAACUAAUUAUCUUCCCGAGGACUGACAGCUUAAGGUACUACAAAGUGGAGAUACAAAACCUGCUAAGAUUGCUGGCAAGUUUAAAACACAGAGAUUUCCUGGUUUUACUAAAAGAAUGUCUAAAGCAUUAUGCCAGUGUGGUUACCGAGUUAGAACUAAGGUCAAAAAUACCUCUUUCAAAAUUUAAUGGUGAUUAAUUAAUUAAUUUUCAGACUCUUAACAGCUUGAAAUAUAGUUAAGGGAUAAGAAAAAAGAAGAACCGGAUACAGGAAAGAAUGUAAAAGCAUACCCUAUGUGAAAAUUCUUCAACAACAUGGACAAA